AUGAUGUACAAGGAUGUGAUGUGUUCCAAGUACAAGGUUUUCUGGGAGGCGGUCAGGAAGAAAGAGAUAGAUGGCCACGACAAGACUAGAACCUUUACCAAGGUCAAGGAGCUGCCCGAGGGGCGGAAGGCCAUAGGUUCAAAGUGGGUGUUUUCUUGGAAGACGAAUGAGAAGGGCCUGAUAGUCGACUUCAAGGCCCGUAUGGUUGCGAGGGGUUUCUCUCAAAUCCCCGGCAUCGACUUCCACCACUCAUCCUCAGCGUGCCCGUCUGCAGCGUCUAUCAAGACGGUGAUUGCCGUAGCCACUGAAAAGGGCAAGAAACUCGCUCACUGGGAUGUGAAGCAAGCGUAUAUCCACGUUAAGCUAAAAGAAGAAAACCUCAGGUUCCCGGAAGGCUGUGGUAGCAUGUCCGGCAAGGUGGUCAAGGUUGAGCGUGCCCUGUAUGGCCUAAAGCAGAGUGGCCGUGAGUGGGGGUUUGAAGCUGCCGAUGCCCUCAUCGAGAAUGGAUACGAGCAGUGCAGGGUUGACCCGUGUGUCUUCCGGAAGGUGGUGGAUGGAGAGGUCGUAGGUCUCAUCGUGAUCUACGUUGAUGACAUCUUAGUGGCGGCAGACGAGGGAGAGCGAGAGGAGUUGUUCGCUUCCCUCAACAUGAAGUUUCCGGUGAAAGAUCUGGGGGAGUGUACCUGGUACGACGGGUGUGCUAUCGCCAUGGAUGUAGAAAAUGGCAUCACCAAGCUGUCCCAGACAGCAUACAUUGAGAUUAUGCUGAAGCGGUUUGAUGUGACCACGACCGCUUUCACACCUGCUGCCACCGAUGCCGACCUAGGGCCGAAGAGAGAUGACGAGCCCGUGGUGGAUAAGCUUGUGAGGGAGGCGAUCGGAUGCCUGAUGUGGACGAAGCUGACGAGACCAGACAUCGCCCUGCCUCUGAACAAGCUCCAGAAGAUCGCCCACUCACCCACCGGGAGGAUAUGGAACGCGCUUGUGCGGAUCAUGUCCUACCUGAACUUCACGAAGGNGUGGCGUUCUGUCGUUCAUAGCGCCCGAGACGAGUGGGGCGAAGAUCAAGCGAGGAGCAAGCACAUCGACGUGCGGUUCCAUUUGAUUCGCGAGCUAUUCAAGUCGGGCAAGAUCACUGCAGAGUAUGAUCCGACUGGAGAGCAGCACGCCGACAUGCUGACCAAGCAAAGAAGGCCCCGGCAAGAAGGAAAAGAAAAACAGUGCCAGGGCAGCGGAGGUCAAGAAGAAAAGGCAAGCGAGAGAGCUGCUACGACUUCAGGAAGAUUGGUUCCCUUGCAAAAACGGGUUCGUGUCGGAGGGGUGGUCGGUCGCAGCGGACGUCCACAAGCCAAGAGGGUGCAGUACGACCCUGGUACCGCAAAAAAACGAGUAUCUUCGUCAAAAUCUGCCCCGACUGUUGGACUUGACCCCACCAGGUCGACGUUUGACGACCGCGUAGAAUCAGCAAAUACACGUGCGCGGGGUCGAAAACAGGAGACCGACAAAAAAAAAAAGUGCAAUGUGAUCGACUUCAUGAAGCGGGUUGCUGACCUGACGAAAAACGAGGAGAAAAUAUACGCAAACACGAAGAAGGUAAAGUUUGUCAAUAUUCUCGCUUCAAAUGUAGCGGUUGGCGAGCUCAUUAACUCGUUCGAGAGGGCUGGCAUCACCCCUCAGAUUGCAGGAAAAAUCAGGGUAUUGACACACGACGGGUUUGCUCUGAACAGGAAGGCACGCAAGUUUAGCAGAUCUCUUGUGAUUGUGGACGAGGCCCACAUGUUCACCGCCAUCAAGUACGACGCUCUUGCGAAAGCCGAUGUGUCGUACUUAAUGUUGCUGAGUGGUACCCCUGCCCCCAAUGUGCCGUCUGAAAUUGUCCCUCUCAUCAACCCGUGA